GAUUCUGUAUGACAUUCGAAAGAGGUCGCUAAUUUGCGGACCAGCUAGGUCAGGGGGGUAAUGGUUUUCCAGCCAAGACUUCUGGAGAUUACCGUACAGGUUUAAUGAAAUGUUUCCGUCAAUACAUUCACGUAUUAAGAUAUUGUUUACGACAAUAACAGUGAGUACUAUAUAAGCGCAUGGAAGCAGUUGUUUCCAAAUCGUCAUUUAACUUCAACAGAAGAAGAAGAAGAAAGUUGAAAGUCAUGGCUGGUUGUCGAUCGCCAGACACAGAUUACUACAUCAGCAAAGAUGAUGCCAUUUGUGGCAAAGAUUACUUCCAUGAAUAUUUGUGUUGGUGGAUGACUGCACUGAUGCAGGCCAAAGGAUAUGGGGUCGAGGCUACUGAAAAGAGCGCGAAGCACUAUCAGCAUGCAUUUGUGGCGAGGGAAAAUCUACAAACACCAAACAGAGCUGUAGGAGGAUGGUUAUCUAAACAAAUGGAAGCCGAGGACAGGAUUUUGAUGGAAGAGUAUGAACUUUUGAAAGAAUACCACAACACUGAGCGGCGCCAAGUGUUGUUACCUCUGCAUGCUGGAUCACCUCUGAACAGACAGCAACCCCAACAACAACAACAACAACAAGAAGGAAUUGACACUCGGUUUACCAGGAAACGUGUUCAUGGUCCAUAUACCUGUGAAGAUUGCGGAAAAGUAUUGAAAAGGUCCUCAAGUCUAUCGAAUCAUAAGCUAAUCCACAAAAAUGUGAAGGCGUUCUGCUGCGAGAAAUGCGGGACAAGGUUCCUGCGCAAGUCUGACUUGGGAAAACAUUAUGCGAUUCACACAGGUUCAAAACCGUACGUCUGUAACGUAUGCGACAAAUCAUUCAGCCAAUCUUCUAACAUGUUAACACACAAAAGAAGACACACGGGUGUUAAGCCUUAUAAAUGUAACUUUUGUUCAAAGUCAUUUUAUAGGAAAGUUGACGUUAAGAGACAUGAAAUUGUUCACAACAUUAGCGAGAGUGAAUGAUUUUCUUUUACGUUUUUGUAUAUCGAUUGAACACAGAGGGACAAUAUUUGUCUAUUUAUUUUGUAAUUAUUUAAAUGUCUAGCGUUAUUGUAUUUCUAGAUGUAUAUAUUGAAUAUUUUUGUGACAGUUUCUUUAGAGGAACUACUUCUGGGAUAAUUGUCAAGUCUUGAAAACGUGUUUACUUACAAAAAGCGAAUUAUAGAACCAAAGAGAAUCACAAUUUUUGCGCCCUAGCAUUCACAAAUUUAACAAUAUCGGGCUAUAUUCAUGUUUGGUUUGCCUCCUGCCUAAAAAUUUGAGCAUUAUGUGGCAGCUAACAACUUUUAUUCAUCAUUUAUUUUUCCAGACAUCAUGAAAUAAACUAGUUUUAUUUUAUCUUGCCAACGUGAAUUUCAUAUCAUAUCAUUUAUCAUAUCAAUCAUAUCAUAUCACAUCAUAUCACAUCAUAUCAUAUCACAUCAUAUCACAUCAUAUCACAUC